UCCGCCGCUUAGGCCCGAGGCUUGCGGCCAGUAGCCCAGCGUGGCCAUGGCGACGCCGACAGCCAGGAUGAGCAGGCCCAGCAGGAGGAAGAAGCCCGAAGCGGAGAAGAGGCGCAAGCGGCCGCGCACCACCACCACGUGGAAGGCACUCUCGCUGGCUUUCUCUCUGGGCGCCACACGCGGGCGCCACGGCCAUUCAUGUUUUCGGACUACUGCUGUCGAUGUUGUGGAUUCACGCUCAUCAAGCGCCAUGGAGCCGUCUCGCUCAAGACCACGCCCAGUGACACCUGGCUGGUCCUGCAGAACUUGCUGAUGUGCACGCUCUGCUUCUAUUCGCUCUACUACGUGGCGGUCAGCCUCUGCGUCGGACUGCUCAGGGUUCAUGAAAUCAACAGCCUGUUGGCGCCGUUUGACUACACCACCCAACCGUCAUGGCAGAACCCAAAAUACCUGGUGGGCGUCAUCUCCACAGAAGUCACCUAUGUUCUGGGAGGGCUGGUGUUUGCCUGGAUCGUGGAGGAGUGGGUGUGGGACUACGCCAUCACGGUCACACUGCUGCAUGUGGCCAUGACUGUUGCAGUGAUGUCGGACUUCCCCUCAACCGAGCACUGGUGGAUUGCACUGGGUGAGAUGUUGAAUGUCUUUCCCCCCCCGCUCAUCAAGCGCUCGACGGCUUUUCUCGUUUCAUCCACGUCGACUUACUCGGCAGGCUUGGGGCUGGUGAUGAUGAUAUUCGGAGGGCAGGCGCUGGCCUAUAAAGUCUUCAGGAGCAACUUUGUCUACCCGGCCGAGCUGCAGAACUUCUGAUGAGGGCUCGGGACGCAUCGCAGCGGACGGAGCAAAGCAUCCGACGACGUUUGCGCUUGUGUUUUUGUAACGUUGCGCGGAAAGUAGCACUCGUCUCGUGUGCAAAUGACACCUGGUCAGCUGUAUUAUUUUUCUAUUGUUUAUUCAUUUAGAAAAUGUGUGGAACUAGAUUGUGAUUUACAUGUUACUUUGAAGUAGGUCCGGACAAAUGUUGUUGUUGCAGGCCCAAUAGUACACGUGCUUUUAUUGGAGUGUACCCGUUGUAUCCGUCAGCACGUAAUGACGUCAUCAACGUCGAUCGAUUAUUGAAGAAGAAAUUGCGCAGUGACACCUGUGUUCCUUUUUUGUUGUUGUAAAUUGAGAUUAAAAAAGUUUUGAAGCGCACUUCGGGCGACCCACCUCUCGUUUCUGGCCAGGUCACGUGGCUUGUGGCUCGACACGUGUAUCGAAAGCGUGUCAAAAGUGGCAAGAAGAAAUACGAUUUCGGUUUUGGAAAGCAAUUUGUUAUCGGCGUUAACAUGUCUACGAACGGACGACGGAAUCUUUGGCAACGCUUUGUUCU